CCAGAACAACGAGAACUUCAGCUUUGACCAUCGCCAAAUUUGCACAUAAAGUUGAUAAUAUUCAGCCAGUUCCAUCAUGACUCGGCCGCACAUCUCUUUGCAUCCCCGUUGCGGAGCCUGUGGUGAUGACUUCAGGCUUGGGCAGAAGAUCGUUGCGGCCAUUCGCAAGAGUCGCUCUGUUCAAGUCAUCAAUGCCUACACUUUCCCUGACUACGGUGCCAGUGAUGAUACAGCGCCAGAUAUCGACUGGUACUUCUGCCGCAAACCCUCGUGCUCUCAAUGUAACGAUGGAGCCGCGGACGCCGCAACGAUCCACGUCGAUUGUUACAAUUUAUUUCGACUACAUUGCAACAAUAACGAUUCGCUGUAUCGCCUGUGGUUGACGGCGACGUGGAGAAGACCUUGGCACGGAGCCCCAUCCCUUCGAUUAUUCCCUGAUGUCGAUGCAAGCAAAACGAUGCAGCUUGCAGCAACAGCUUGCUCCCUGCCCCAACUGACGGCCGUCCCAGCUGAGAUAUUGCAUAUGAUAGGGGAAUAUGCUCAACCAAGCCCUCUUGGCCGCUAUCGUGCUAUUAUUGAUCUGGCGGCUGAUUUAAAUAGCCAAGAACAGAGCUGGCCACAAUCACUGCCACUCUCCGAAAUCGCUUCGUGGGAGCGAGGUGGACAUGCCGUGGUCAAUGAGAGCCUCCAUCCCAUCGUGAGGAUUACAAUUGACUGCUGGGGCUUAAAACGAAUUGAGAGGCUGGUGGACAACCCUCCAUUUGCCGGUAAACGAUCGGAUACAGAAGUUUAUAUCAUAGAGGCGCAAGAGCGAUUAAGAGACGUAACAGUGCAAUUCCAAUCGGGUCUGGGGCGCUUAGAUGUGCCAAAGGAUUCAGUCGAUCUUCAGCUCUGGGACACGCCAACGCCGCCGUCUUUAGAAAGCCUCCAGAAUAUGCCAAGGAUCACAGGCACCACCCAGUUUGCCUCAAUUGAUCUAAGAAAAGCGAAUGCUCUCACAUUCUUCGUAGCAAAUGGAUCCACCCUCGCCGUACACGGCCACACACGUAGACGAUCUCACCCUGAAACAACGUUUGAUCGCAUUUCACGCCAACGACAACGCCACGCUGCUUGGAUCUACGUUCCUCUCCCUUCAAAAGAUCGGAUUACCCACUUUGGCAUCCGGGCUCCGCAUAAGUUCACGAGGUCCCCAUGGGCUGCAGCUGACUAUUCUUACUUGUUUCGCUUUGAACUGGCUGGCGAUGUUAUAGUCGGGCCUCGUUUUCUAGGGCCGACGCAAGAUUUCAUAUGGCCUGUGAAAGAACAGCUGCUGCUCAUCUUUAACGUGGCGGAACUUGCGGCUAUAUCGGCAAUGAGUGCUUAUCCUAACGAGAGCAGUGAGAUAACACCAUUUGCCCGGCUUAGUAAGGCUCCUUUCCAGGAAGCAUGUUUCUCAUCUGCUCCCCUGGAGGGCAUAGUGCUUUUACAGAUAUAUUCGGAUGCUGAAACUGGCCUCUGUCGGGGGAUACUCGCUGAAUACGGUAAUGGUUCCCAGCGUGCCCUCGGCGAAUGCCGAAUUGGCGUGGAUCCAGUAUGCACUUACAAGAGCCCUGCAUGCUUGUGCUUUACUCAAGUCACGCGUAACCGUUCAGGAACGUCUAUUGAGUUGAAAGGGAUAAAAGUCAGCAGUUCUUACCAGUCUGAACAUAAGCAUGGCGAAGUGGGGUGGUCAUGUUUUCCGAUGCGUGGGACCCUUCAAUUGUGGUUUACAAAUGAGCAGUCUAUUUUAGAGGUGAUAGUGGACGAGGCAGAAUUGAUGCCUUCUUGAGGGUAUUCUCCCAGAUAAACUAAAAUAAUAAUACGUUAAGAGCAAAAUGUAACCAAGCGUAGCCC